UUUAUGUUAUUAGUCCCAUGUAAUAGCGGGUGAGCCUAUUGCCAUAUACUGGGCACAAUUCCAAUUACUGAAGUAAAAAUGUCAACCAAAGUGGGAAUACACCAGCACAUAUUUAUGUUGUGUUUUGCUAUAUGACUGAAGUUAUCGAAGGUCGAAAGGUCACAGUAAUAGAUUUAUUUGAAAGCGCUUCUGCCCAAACUGUGUAUAACAUGCAGUUUCUUAGUCAGCUCUUACGACAUCCGUCAAGCAGGACUUUAAUUGUUUUUUUUACCACCAUGUUCAUAACAAAUAGAAGAAUAGCGUGACAAAAUAACAUUGCAUUUGAUUAAUUCAAAUAACAGAUUUUUUUAUAGUUGUUUUUUUCUAGAACAAUGCUGCUAAUCAAAGUCAUGAGCUGUCUCUUGCCGUUAGCUAUGGGGCUAAGAGUACAACGGUCAUCCGGAACAUUAGUUGAUUUCACUGAUCCCAAAGUUCAAGGUCAUCUGGAUGCUCUGGUUCGAAUGGCGCAAUCCUGCGUCAUCAAAGUUCGAGCAACUCCUAAGGAUGUGAGAGCAUACUUCACCAACUCCUCACCGGUCUCCAGAUCUGGGCAAUGCUUUGCUGCCUGCAUGUUGGAACAGAGUGACGUCAUCAAUCAUGGGAAGGUAAACAGAGAACUGCUAGUCCACCUCGCCAGUUUGGUCAACGGCAAGAACUCCCGCGUGGUUCGUAAACUAAACACUGUCUCCCGACUUUGCCUGGACAGCAUCGAUGGCAUGUCUGAUAGAUGUCAGCUGGCUUCCACAUACAACGACUGCCUCAAUGAGAACAUGAUAGAAUUCGCCUUCCCCCUGGAUAUAGCUGAGGAAGCUGUUAGGAAGAUGCCGUUCCAUCUCAUACAACCGAAAUUGCCUAACAUCAGUAUCAAUUCAAGACGUACAUGAACUAAAUUCCAUUGCAAGGUGAGCAGAAAAGCUAUUACAUACG